GACAGUACAUCGGAAGCUUUUCCACUGUCCGGUACAGAGGGACGAAUCAUUUGUGUUGGCGGACAUUCCGUGCACUAGUUUUUCACUCGUCAGCACAUAUGUACGCGUAUUUUAGUACUCAAAGUUCGACACGCUCAUAUGGAAAAUACGGUGGCGUUGUAAACACGAGAUAUAUUCAAUAGCAAUAGUGAUUCGAUGUGUAGAAGUUUCAACACCAUAAUACGAGUGAUUAUUCCUGAGAUUCGGCAGAAAGAGUGUUAAAGUAUAAUUUUGCUUAACAAGAUAUCGUAUUAGCAGCGUUAAUAUAUAUACAUUUAAAGUGUUUAAGGCCAGAAGAAUAUAUUUUGGAAAAAAAAAUCAUGUUUUAAUGAGGGAUAAUGAUAGUCGCGAGGCGCCAUCGUCCCCACUCCCCUGCCACGACGCCACGCUGACGACCACGGUGACGACGAACUUUAGCAUCCCUUAGUAUAUUGCUGAGCACUGAAACAUCAUUCAUCCUAAAGUUUAAAUAAAAAACAAUGACAAUGAAAAAAUAGUUUCUCAAAUCGCGCGUGGCUCGUGCGGCCGACUGAAGCUACAGACGAUUCGAAAAAUAAUGAAAGAUAAUGAAAAAAUGGUAUUCGAAGGACGGAACUCGCAGUCGCAGCUUCGUAGUUGAACAGAAAAAUUGAUCUCCCGAUGCAUCCUGUCUGCCGCGCGAUUAUUAUUUCCGACUGUACGAUCGGAGGUUCCGGAUGGCGAUUCGGGAAAGGAAAUAAAGAAGUGUUGAAUAAGGCUUUUGAAGCCUCCGAGUCGAUGUAAAUUCGAAGUGCAUACGAGCGCGGUGCUGUCCGGGUACAAUUGCCUUGUGAUUGAGUUUGGUGCGCGAGGACGAGGAGCGAGGCUCGCGCGGGUGACAAAGGGAAAAAGAGGUUCGUCGGACAGGGCGCUAGGGGACGCGGAGGCCGUCCCGUCCGACCCCAGCACCGAGUGCGGUCUCUGUCUCUCUCGUCGUUGAUCAAUACCGGAGCUUCCGUGAGGCGACGAAGCCGGCAUCAAAGCGGCGUCGUUGCUGGUCGUGGGUGCCUGCGCCUUCCGCCAUCCACGAAUCUCGACCGCGGCGAGGCGUGUGCGCGCCUGCCAAUUUUUCGUUUUUCCCUCGCGAUAUCGCAGUUGAGUUGUGUGAACGAUCGUACGAAAGCAGUGAGCGGACCGAAAAGCCGCGUGUGAGGGACGAAGUUGACAAACGGUUACGUUAUGCGAGCCUCGAUCACCCACCGAAUUUCCGCUGCAACGAGAGUGCCCAAGGAACGAGGGAGGGAAUAUUAGUGCGCGCGGUAAAUUCCACGCUCGUGGCGAGAGCCCGAUAUCGGCGGUGAAGAAAACACGAAAAAGGGAGGUGACGGAACGAGGCACCGGGGGAAGGGCAGUUUUCGAGUCGCGCGGAGCGGAAAAACUGUCCGAGUAUUGGAACAUCGAGCAGCCCUCAAAAUGGCAAAGAACACUGGUGAGAGCAGAAUCCCAGUGCCGAGAGCAGUGAGGCCGUCGUUCCUCCCGAAAUCGAGACUCGUCGGCUCUUCGAAGAUCGGCUCACAUCAUCAAGGCCAUCGAAGAUCGAAUAUUUUGUCCGGUUGCUUGACAUUCACGGAACAUGACGACGGCGGAGCUUCAACGCAAAGAGGAAAGUUCCCAGGUGGAAUUUUUGCGUCGUCACCGUCCGCUAAACGUAAACUAACGGAUACAACUUUCACGCUACCUCACGGAGUGUGGGGCGAUAAAGAGCACGAUGUCGAUGACGCGACGUUCACGAUACCAUCGGUUUGGACAGUGAAGGAAAAUGAUGCUCAGGACUCGCCGUUCCUCGAGCAUAGCGAGGACAAGAUUUUCAGUAGUUUGCACGAGCCGAGUCAGAUGAACAUAAUUGAGGACGUGACUGAAAGUUGUCUGCUCGAUUUGAAUCUGGGUCCGUUCAACGAGACAACGACGCCAGCAUCAUCGACGCCCCAUUAUUUGAUGUUGAAUCAGAAACAAAAUUCAUUCGAGCACGACGAGAGUCUCGGUAUAUUGACGCCCGAUCAGAUGACGGACUUUACGUUGGGAACGUUGGGUUGCUCGAGGACACCGUCCUGCGAGAAUAUAACGGGGGGUUUGAUCGGUUCCCGUUUGGGUUCGACUCGUGGAUCGUCUUCGAGGCCAUUGGAAACGGAAGUCGUGCUGACGUCACCGGAGAACGGUGAGCCGACCGAGGGCUCGAGCGAGAGGACGCCUUCGCCAGAGGAAUUGCCACUCGACCCAAAACCCAUUGAAAAUUCGACGAGGACAGUGCCCUCGAGUUUCGUCACGUCGGUCACGAGCAUAACCAGUCUCGAAGCUGGUUAUCAAGGUGACGGCGAGAAUUCGCGACCGGCGAGUCGCGGCGGUGACCCACCACAAAACGUUCCAAUGCCAUCGAACCUGCCACCACCCUGUCGUCAAGAUCCGAUGACGGAUUCCGAUUUUUUUACCGAGAGCGACGCCGACGCUCAUGAAGAAAUUGUUCGCGGCGACCGCCGCGCUCAGGUCAUCGAUGGCACCCUCUUUUGCGCCCCCGGUGGACGGAGAUGUCCCAGCUUCACUGGCGAAGAAAUGGACUCUAGUGGCAUUUACUCCGAUCUCGAAAAACGUCAAGACGAAAUGAACGUCGAACUUAUCCCUAGCGAAGAUCGAACACCCGAUACUGUCGAUACCGAAGUUUCACAGAGAAGCCAACCUUCGCCUGUCAAACCUGAUGUUAUUUUGAACUUUUUGCAGACUCCAAAGCGAGAUCUCGAUGGAUCCGGCGAUUCGAACCUAUCCAACGGGAUAGCUGAGACGACCGUAAUAGAGGUCGUGAACGAGACGGCGUGUCCAAAAUCGGUGAACAAACAAGAUCCAACGGCCCUAAAAAAAUACAAAAUGCCCAAGAGAAACGUCGUUUCGAAGAUCAAGGCGAUGAUCGAAUCAGGAACGAAGGAGGAGAACGAGAAGGAGCAAAGAAGAAUGGUCAGAUCGCCGAGGAAGAAUGGACGGUGGGACGCUGUUAUGAGCAAAAUCGAAGCUGGGAAAAAUGAGCAACGGUCCAGACCCAUGAGGAAAGAGGUCAAGUCUCGUGUUUUACAGAGUUUAGGACCAUCGUCGUCCUCUUCCUCUUCGGCAACGACAGCAUCGACGAGACGUUUACCCGGCGAUGCUAAUAACAAUAAUAAUGCCAAUAACAAGGACAAGAGGAGAACGAGGACACGACAAGGACUGAAAUCACCCAAUCAGGAAACUGCACGAAGUUCCGUUCGGAGUUCCAUGACUGAUCUCAGCAGUGGUCCAAGCAAAGAUGCCCCAAAGAGAUCGCCGACAACAGGAAACCAGCCGAGACGAGUCGCCAACGGUCGUACGAGCACGAAUAAUCAGCAGCAAGCGCGCAUCAAUAAUUGCGAUCCGAAGAAGAGUUGUCCCGAAGUGUCGACUCUCAACCUUGACAAGAGUCCGACACCGGUGAGGAAAACGGUAUCGACAGGCCGAACCGGACCGGUCAAUAGUCUCAAUGCGAAGCUCCACAACACGAAUGCAACGACAACGACCAAAGGUAUGCAGAAGAAAGGCAGAACGAUUUGUGUCCUCUAUGAUCGCACAGCCAAGGAGAACAACGUCAAUGCUAACAACAUCAUUAGAAAUGCUCCCGUUCACGAAACUCGUCAUCAAUCUGCUCAAACCGAUAACAGCUACGAGACCGUACGGGAAAAGAGAAUUGAGGAUACUAUACAGGGACUCUCGAUCACUGUCCAGUAUCUUGCUCAUGAGCUGGAUGGAUUUGCGGCGCCGAGACUGAGAAAAUAUUGCGAAAGCAUGAAGAGCGAGUGGCUAACGGCACGUACCGAAGUCGAGGAUUUGCGGACGAGCCAGGUGAAUCUUGAAGAGCGGCUUAUAGCCGAGAGAGAGGAUCAUCGACGAGCCCUUGAGGAACUUCGAGCAGAGCUUGAAGCGAGCCACGCCGAGCGCGUUGGUAAUUUAGAAAGCGCUCUACACGAGGAAAAGACGAAUUUUACGAAGCGUCUGGAAUCGGCGCUCGCAGCGUUAACAGCAGAGCACGAGGCAACGAUCGCACAAUUGAAAAGGGAUCACGAAAUUGAAAUAAUUCGACGAGAGACCAAAUCCCAGGAGGAAUGUGUCGAUCAGGAGAGCCCUAUCGAUUGGAACGACGAUUUAGAAGCGGAGAAACACGAAGAAGAAGAAGAAGAGGAGGAGGAGGAGGAGGAGGAGGAGGAGGAGGAUGAGGAGGAAGAGAGAGAAGCGGAGGAAGAAGAUGCGCACGAUGAGGACGAAGAUUCGUUUGAAAAAUUGAACUUACGGGAACAAUUACAUCAAGUAAAGACUGCCCUGAAUAUAAAAAAUCUUGAAAAUACGAAACUGCAAACAGAGAACGAAGAGCUGAGAGAUCGGUUGGAAGAGAAAAAGAUUCUUCGAGAGAAAAUCGAGAGCCUUCAGUGGCAGGUGCGAAACACGGUGACAGAAUCGCGUAAAGAGCACAUGACGGAAAUGGCGAAAUUGAGAGCGGAAUACGAGGCGGUUAUUGAGAAGAGAGAAAACGAGAGCGACCGAAAAUCUUUCGUACAUGAUCAAGGAGCCGCCCUGAGGGCAGAGGUUUGGUCGUUGAGAUCGGUCCUCGAGCUGAGGAGCCAAGAGAACGCGACGUUGAGGACGGAGAACGACAGUCUGAGGCGCGAAGUCGAGGGCAAAGAGGCACUCGAGCAAAGAGUCGAGUGUCUCGAAGCACGGUGUGAAGAUUUAAAAGCACAGCUCGACAGCAAAGAAGCUUACGAGCGACAGAUAUCCCACGAAAAUGAAAUUCUGCUUGGAUCGUUCCACGAAGUUUCGAUGCACAAUAAACAUUUGUCCCAGAGAAACGAGGAAUUGCAAUGGCGCCUGAGGCAAAAAAACGAAGUGGUCAAUGUUUUGGCCAAUCAGUUGGCGACGCCACCACAAAGACUGUCAAGAUCCUUGGGGCCUGAACACAUGGACAAUUCCUUGGACCGUAAUCCGAUCGAACAAACAUUGAACGGUGACGAGGAACAACCCAUGGCCAGUUCGAUGGUUAAAUUUAUGGUUCAAAAGGGGGAUUCGGUCUCGUGGACUCUGGAAAUCGACGAAUCAUCUGACAGCUUGACCGGCGCGCCGACGCCAACCGGACCAACUGUUUCUCGACAAAAUUCGUUGAGAUCAGCGUCCAGGAAAAACGUCGAUUUACGCACCAGGUCGAAGAGCGUCUCCAUGUCCGAAAGCUCUCGUGAUCAAGUCUGGAGCCCUGGCUAUAACUCAACGCCAGUCUCGAGACGACGACCUCGCAGUGACCCAGCACAAACUGCCAGCGAAGUUGUCGUCGCUACCAACGUCAAUGUUGAUACCAGCUCUGGGCCAAGACCCCAAGAAGCCGGAGGUGAAGCCAUGAUUUCCGAGGAAACUUCGGCCACCAGCAGCGAAGAUGAAUCAUCCACGAGCAGCGAUAUUCCUCGUUUGACUAUGGACUUUCCAUGGAGCAAGGAUAAUCAGUAACGCUUGCUCGAAAAUUCUCUCGUCAAUUGCAAACGAUACUCUCGACGUACAGAAUUUUCCGACAUCUAUUUUCCCUAUUGAGAGCUUUCAACAGCGAAGAAAGAAAGACAGAGUUUCAACAUCGUCUUCGAUCGAUGAUCAAACGAUCAAUCUUUCUUGAAGCUUACCGUUUAAGUUUAUGAAAGAGGGACAAUACUUGAAUCGCCACAAAAUCAAUAUUUCAACAUUCGUGGCGUCAACACUUUUUCAUUUCGGUUGCAACAUUGAAGUUGGAUCGCCUCUUAGCUCGUUUAUCAAUCAAAUAGAAAUGUAUUGACUGACGAUGAGAGAUCAAUUAUCGCACUGAUGUAAAUCAAACCUUCCAAGCUUCUGAACGAAAAACAAAGUCCCACAAUUUUCUGGGUAUGUUGGAAAUUAUAAUCGAACGAUCGACGUAAUAUCAACCGAUAGAAUUCUCAAAACCGUGACUUUCUCAUUUUUAUCGUAUCGCAAAGUUUCAUUGAUUUUUUCAUCAAGAGAGAUUCAAGUGUUCACACACUUUUAUUGCUUCUCAGAUUUGAUCUUUUUUUCAAAGUCAACUCCAAUCUCUCUGUCUAAAACUGUCAACUAAAUAUCAACAAUUGGCACAAGAAGGAUUAUCGAGUCUUCGAGAAUUCGUCCAAUAUCGUUCGAAGUUUUGAAUUCCUUAUUCAUUUUCUGAUCAAUUAAAGCAUUAUCAAAGUCUUGCGGUGGAUCGAUUUCACGAAGAUUUUCAUACUGCAUCAAAAAAUUUGAGGAAUUUGGUCCAAUCUUGUUGUAUAUUUUUUUGUUCGUUUUCUCUGUUUAUCAAUUGUAGUCGGUUAUCGAUUGAGGAAAAAAUUCUAGUGAAAGUGUUUCAUUUUUUCACUCAACGUUCCAUGACCUUCGGAUUGUUGAAGUUUUUUUAUCAUACACACGUUUCAUUGCCAUCACUGAGAUACGAUCUGCUGUCUUUUUAUGGCUAUUCAUUGUAAAAGUAAUUGUCGAUGAAUGCAGUCAAUACAAAAAAAAAUGGCGAAACGCACCGCAACGAGAGACAUUUCUUGUACGCUUGAGACCAUUUCUGGGAAAUUCAAUGUUUCGAGUUAAAUAGCGGUACGAAAAUUCAUACAUGAGUUGCAAUUACUGAAAAUUGUUCAUAAAUAAUAGCGCCAUUACACGAAUAUGCAAUUACGGAACGCGACUCGCACAUCGAAUGUUUGCCUUGAUCGCUCUCAACCGAUCCGAGGAUUUUUGAGCUUUUGUUUGGCAGCUGAGUUUUUAAAAAAAAGGACUAAAAAAAUGAAUUCCACCAAGUGAAUUAUUCAAAAAUAUCCUGUUUCUUCUUUCGGAACUCGGCGUAAAUCACAGACAGCACCGAGAGUACGAUAACACCGGUAAAAUUUUGGAAAAACAUGAGAAUAAACACCAACUGUUGUACGAAAGUAGUCAAAGUUGAAAUUUGAGAUCAACAUUUUUUUUUAAACUGACGUUUUAAUUGAUGAUCGAGAAUUGCGUGUAUGUGUGUGACUUUGGUUUUUGUCUGUUUUUUUUUUCACAAAAAAGAAACAAAAAAAAAUUGUAAAUAUCAAAAAGAAAAACUAUUGGACGAUAAAAGUCAAUAGUGAUUCGCAUUAUUUAUAUUUAAUCGUGUCUCUGUUUGUAAAUAGUCGAAUGAAUGAAAGCAUGGAAAAAAGAUAAGAAAACAAUCAAAUGAUGCUAAAACAAUGCCACACGUGAUAUAAUUGAAAGUUUUCUUCUCUUUUUCCUUUAUGGCGAAAGUAAAUGAAACAAAACUUAUCGCAUUAUUUAUAUUAUAAUACGUCAAAUCGAGAUAUAUAUACAUACGUACAUGUAUAUCGUCAUUGCUCCUCCUCUUCCUACUCGACCUUUGCAUUCUCAAAACCAUUAAUAGUAUUUAAUAUAAAUCUAUAUAUAUAUAUAAAUAAAAUAUUAUAAAAAGGUAAUAAUAAUAUAUAACGGAUCAUCGUCGCGUCCACGUUAUGUAUGUAUAUCAGAGACAAAAAGUCGCGUUGACGUUUAUACUCGCGCGUAUCGUUUUUUUGCAUUAAUUCGAAAAAAAUCUUGUGGCUCCUAUAUAUUUGGCAUAUAAAGCGUGGAUAUUUCGUGCAUGAACGUGAAAGAAUGGUUCUGGGAGUGUACGCUCGGCUAUAAAAACAACAAGAAAAAUUAAAAAGAAUUUGAAAUAUGAAAAAAAAAAGGAAAUGUGAAUCUUGCUCGAUCCGCCCGAAGGACUUAUCGGCAGCUAUUUUAGCUCGUAGAAGGAAAAAAAAACGAAAAGAUUUAUAUACUCGAUGGAGUCACUUAUAUAUAGUACACAUGGUGCAUCGCCGGCCGAAAAAACUACCGAUAACACUCAACGGGUGCGGAGAGUGAUUACGACCUAUUUCAAAAUUUCGAAGAAAAGUCGAAUGUCAAAAGUAGGAUUAGCAAGGAAAAACAAACAUUCGCGAUGAACAAUUUCUUUCUCAGAUUUGCACGUCGCUUCGGACACGUGUAUGCUGAAUGGUCUAAAUAUCGCAGAUGCGAUCGAACGCGAAUUAUUAACAAUAAUUAAAAACAAUGAGGCAUAUUGAAAUAUUGAAACAACAAGAAACAAGUAUUAAUCGCCGAGAAGUGUGUGUUUCACCUACAUAUGUUGGAAAAUUCAGUGUAUUAUAUACUUAGCAAAUAAAAUACCAUGUUACAAGCUGA